UGCUUCCCUCCGUCUUAUUAGUCUCCUUCACUCAUUUUCAGAAGCACUUUCCAUCAUGGGCAACUUUGCUGCAAAUGAGGGACUCUCAGUCUUUGUUAUUCUGGUAUGGCUGGGCAUCAAUGCCUUCCUGUUUGUCCAUUUCUACAUGCGCUUCCUGACCGACAAAUGGUUUUACACCAGAGUCCUUCUCGGGCAAGCUCUGUCCUGGGCCAGAGCUCCGGCUGCCUGCCUCAACUUCAACUGCAUGCUCAUCCUGCUGCCCGUUUGCAGAAACCUCCUCUCCUUCCUACGUGGCAGCAUCCAGUGUUGCAGCCGUACAGCGGCCCGCCAGCUGGACCGAAACAUUACCUUUCACAAACUGGUGGCCUAUAUGAUCGCCUUCCACACAGCCGUCCACAUCAUCGCCCACCUGUUUAACUUUGAAUGGUUCAUGGACGCUCAGCUGAACCGCAACAGCAGCCUCCUGCCCUUCGUCCUGUCUCAGAUCGGCAACGGUGACAACGCGUCCUUCCUCAACCCCAUCAGGACCAACGAGACCAACCAAAUCAUCGUCAUGUUCACCACUGUUGCUGGGCUGACGGGGGUGGCCAUCACUCUGGCCCUCAUCCUCAUCAUCACCUCGUCCAUGGAGGUCAUCCGCAGGUCCUACUUCGAGGUCUUCUGGUACACCCACCACCUGUUUGUCAUCUUCUUCAUCGGCCUUGUCUUCCACGGCUUCGGGCGGAUCGUGCGAGGACAGACGGCGGACAGCCUGAAGGAGCAUAACCCCAUCGAGUGUGCCAGCAUGUUUGAAGAAUGGGGAAAAAAUGGAACUGACUGCCCUGUACCAGAAUUUGCCGGAAACCCGCCAAUGACAUGGAAGUGGGUGGUGGGUCCGAUGAUCCUGUAUGUGUGUGAGAGGCUGGUCCGCCUCUACCGCUCCCAUCAGAAAGUCGUCAUCACCAAGGUGGUGAUGCAUCCCUCCAAGACUCUGGAGCUGCAGAUGAAAAGGAAGGGUUUCCGCAUGGAGGUGGGCCAGUAUGUCUUCAUCCAGUGUCCCUCCGUCUCCAGGCUGGAGUGGCACCCGUUCACCCUGACGUCGGCGCCCGAGGAGGACCACUUCAGCGCUCACAUCCGCAUCGUGGGCGACUGGACGCAGGGGCUGUACGAGGCCUGCGGGGGCGACAAAGUGGAGCCGCAGGAGGCCUGGAAGCUGCCAAAGGUGGCAAUAGACGGCCCAUUUGGGACGGCCAGCGAGGACGUGUUUCGGUACGAGGUGGUCAUGCUGGUGGGUGCCGGAAUCGGAGUCACUCCGUUCGCCUCCAUCCUCAAGUCCGUGUGGUACAAACACAUCCAGAACAAGGAGGAAGUCUUCACCAAAAAGAUCUACUUCUACUGGCUGUGCCCGGAGACUCAGGCCUUCGAGUGGUUCGCCGAUCUGCUGCAGUCUCUGGAGGGCCAGAUGACGGCUAAAGAAAUGUCUAACUUCCUCAGCUACAACAUCUACCUGACCCGCUGGAAGGAGUCCGAGGCUGCUCACUUCUGGGUUCACCACGAGGCGGAGAACGACCCGAUCACAGGACUUAAACAGAAGACGAAGUAUGGGAAACCCAACUGGGACAGCGAGUUCACCACGAUCGGGUCCAAGCACCCAGGGACUAAAGUGGGUGUUUUCCUGUGCGGCCCGCCCCAGCUGGGGAAAGCCCUGGGGAAACAGUGUCUGUCCCACUCGGAGGGCGGGGCGGAGUUCAUCUUCAACAAGGAGAACUUCUAAAAACGUCCCGAAGCUCUG